UGAAGGCGUUUGAACAUGUUGCUCGCUGGAACCCUGAGCUGUCAGAGCGAUUGCAGGUUCUCCAAACAGAAACGGCCCGUCAUAAGGAGGAACUGGAGAAGUCUAAUGCUGAAGUCCAGAGAUUGCUGGCUCUUUUGCGGGAGCUGCAGUCUGAACGUCUGGAGCAGGACAAGAUAAUCAUUGAGCUGGAGAGACAAGUGAAAGAACAGAACCAAAAGCAGUCUGUGAAUCCAGGACAAGCUGGAGAAAUGAGUCCUAAUACUUCAAGACAGUUGGAAGAUUUGAUGGCAGUGCUAGACAAAACCAGAAAAGAGUUAGACGCCUCAAGACAACACUUGUCGUCUACGCAGAAUACUCUGUCUGAACGUGACAAUGAGCUGAGCAGGAUACGAGCUGAUCACAGUAAACAACUAACAGAGAUCCUGCAGUUAAAAAACAUGUCAACCCCUGAGGACGUGAUGACCUUGAGAAGAGAGAAGGAAAGGUUUAUGAAUCACCAAAAACAGCAGGCACACAGUAGGAUGAAGCAUGUGGCAGAACAUUAUGAAGAUGGACACAUUCAUCCACAGUAUUCUCAUCAUUCGCAUCAUGGACAGCAGCGUGAAUUGAUCUCCCCCCCACCAGAGCAGGAUGAUGAGGACGGCAUAUGGGCAUGA